UGUCAGACAAGCUCAGGUAGAGCUCAUUAGCUACAUUUGGACGAUCUCUCAACCUAUAACUGAUUUGAUUGAUUCCAACAUUACACUACCUUGUCGUGACAUGGGUCAGAGACUAAGUGACCCUGUCCCUGAGGUAUCCCACAGGGAGAAACCAAAGGAGACACAGGAACAUAAAGAUAAACCCAAGAAGAAGAAGAGGAUCCCUCAAGCCCUGACCUUUCUUCAGUUGUUUACACUGCUGAGCUGCGUCAAGGUGAAGAAAACCCCCUUUGAUCCCUCCCAGAGUGGUGAGGGGAGAAAGGGAACAACGAUACACGAUACGAACAACAAUAAUGACUCUGAUACUGGCUUGGACUACUCUGGAGGUGACGUGAAAAGGAUCAAGGACAAGAGUAAAGGAAAGGUUGGGGGAGAGAAAUAUUGCAUUGAAUCUCAGGACCACAAAUGCAGAACGACACCGGAAAAAGAAAAAGACAUUAAACAAAGAUCUAAAUCGGUCUCCUCUGAGGAUCAAGCAAAGGAGACCCAGCAGAAAGAGAAGAAGAAGAGCAUCCAUCCAGCUGUGGCGGCAAUGCAGAUGUUCAUUAUCUUCUGCUGUGGUGGGAAAGUCAAGCUGAGGAAGACUGGUCUCUCUCAGAACAGACAGUGUAGAAAGGACCAGGACAAAGACAAUGCAUCUGAUACUGGUGAGUGUUAUGGGGUGUCUGCUGAUUAGAAAUAGAAUAAGAUUGGCUCCACUUGGAAGAACGUGUCUUCAAAAUCAAAAUGUCUAAUCUACACAGGCUCGGACGUGUCUGGAGGUGAUGUUACAACCAAAAGGGUAAAGAACAAGAGUAAUGGAAAGGUGGGGAGGGAGAAAGACCGUACUGAAGUUCAGCUGUUGAAAUCAUCUCAAGACCACAAACCCAUAAGUACAACACCAGAAACAGACAAGGGAACUAAUUUUGGACAAAGACCUAACUCUGUGAGACAACCAAAACAUGCUGUAUCAUAUUUAAUUGUGAGCAAAAGAUUUUUCCCGAAAUGCUGUGUUAUCAUUGGGUGUUACAAUUGUGUUAUUCAGGAAAAUCGAAGGACACCCCGGCAAGUGAAGACCCCUGUGGAGGAAAUUUACAUAAGACCUGACUCUCCGACUCUAUCACGUGCCAACGUAAGUUACUGAAACCUAAAUUACUAUACGGACAGACAGAGAUUCAAACAUCUCAACAAUUUCCCCUCUGACCUCAACCUAACCCCCCUUUUCCUCCGAGUAGAGCUCCCUCUCCCAGGUAUCCCUGGCUAGGAACCUGGCCGUCCUCCCGCUGGAGUGGCAGCUACCUGGAGUCCCUCUGACCACCUCGUCUACGGCAGCUAGGACAGAGAGAAAGCCAUCCUCUACCAGCACUACGACACACGCGCAGAUGGAAACACAGACAACAGAUAUGAACACAGACACACAGACCACUGCAGCCUCUCAGAGCCAGAUCUCCAUGGUCUCAUCGGAGACCAUGAUAGAUGUUCACACGUCAGACUCCAUUACCAAGUCCUCCACUCUUGACAUGGCACUGACCCCUGAGAGCACUAAGGACAUGAUCAUUACUGAUGAGGAUGUGAAGGAUGACUCUGCUAAAGAUUUGAUCUCCAACCUAACAGACACCUCUAUGGAGAAAUCCAUCAGUGAGACCAGCCUGAAAGACCUCAUCGCUGAGUAUGAAGAUGACAAUGAGCUGAAGGAUAUGGCUGACUCCUCUACCACUGCUACUGAUAAUGCCAAUGAGGAUGCAAAGCUGCUGGAACUUGCAGCUCUUUAUGACUACAUGUUGACAGUAGAGACCGAGCUGCCCUUGGAUCUCUGAAGAGCCA